AUGAUUUCCAGCCAUUACGAUGAUAGAAUGCUUAUAUUUGCAACUCAGAAUAAUUUGAGUCUACUUGAGAAGAGUGCAAAUUUACAAGUGGACGGAACAUUUAAAACUGUGCCUCAGUUAUUUGAACAAUUAUAUGCUGUACAUGCUGUGAAGAAUAAUUACACCAUUCCUGUGGUCUACGCCUUACUUCCAGAUAAAAGGGCUGAAACUUAUAGAAGAUUAUUUGCUCAAAUUAAGUCUAUGGUUCCAAAUUUACAAGUUUCAACCAUAACUUCAGACAUUGAACUUGCAGCUAUAACUGCCGUUAAAGAAGAAUUCAACACAGCUUCUCAUUAUGGAUGCCUUUUCCACUUAGGCCAGUGCUUGUAUCGAAAGAUAUGUGAUUGUGGUCUGAAAGUGAGAUACGAUACAGAUUCCGAAUUUGCUUUAAAAAUUCGAAUGCUGUUAGCCCUAGCCUUUGUCCCCGUUGACAAAGUUACUGAAUCAUUUGAAGCUUUACUAGAUUCAGAUAUAUAUCCUCAAGAUGUAAAUCCUAUUUUAGAUUAUUUGAAGAUUCGUGGAUUGGUCGUCCUUCAAGACAGUCAUCGACGUUAG